AUGGAAUCCCAAUUCAUACUGGAUACAGGUACCCAACCUUCCACUCAACCCACUCAGCUCAAGAAUCAUGUCGUCUGGCUCCAUCCUCUCGCCAUUCCUGCCUACAUAGUUGUCGCAUCGAUAGCGCUACUCCUCCUUCAAACUAUCUUAUCGUACAGACCACUGAAGAAGCUCCUACGCUCUUCUGAAAAUGAGCUUGUAGAGGCGACAAGAACAAACACACAAGCGGGUAUCUUCUCCGAAACCAAGGAGCAUGUGCAACGACUUGGGGGGUGGACUAUUUUCUCCUUCAGGCUCGUCAGGCUGUUGUCCAUCAUGACCCUUCUGGGGCUGUCCGUAACAAGUUUCGUCUUUGACGAGGAAGGUCUUUUGAACGGCCCGAACGCCGAUUCGCUCAGCAAGCUUUGGGGUAAAGGGCACAAGGAAAAGCAUCGAAGUGCUGAUGCUCUUUCGUUCACAAGGCAUGAACAGAUUGAGCUUAUCCAAUGUUCGACAUAUCUCUAUGCAUCCUUCCUCGCUCUUCUCUCUGUCACGGCUGGGGUAAAACGUGCUCGUCCUGCAACAACGCAUCUGGUUGUCAUUCUGGGGACUGUUUUUGCGGUAUACGUAUAUCGUGACCUGUGGCCAUUAUUGACAUUCACAAAAACGCCUCCCGAUCUACGCGACGAAUCAUUGCUAUGGGCCAAAUUGGCUGUCCUUGGACUGGAGCCUCAUGAUAAUCCCAAUCCUGAACAAACGGCGUCUAUAUUGUCAAUGAUGCUCUACAACUUCCUUGAUCCAGUCGUCUUCUCAGCCUACAGAGUCCCUCAUCUCUCAUUUGAGCAACUUCCCCCGCUAGCUGACUAUGAUUAUACCAAAUACUUGGUGCGGAGAAGCUUUCCGCAUCUGGAUCUAUUCUCUGGAGCUCGGAAGCGCCACUUGUUCUGGGGACUUAUGAUAGUAUUUCGUCGUGAAUACAUCGGUCUGGCGAUCAUGCUCGUCAUUAGGACGAACACUUUAUUACUUGGGCCUCUAGCAAUCUAUAAACUCUUGCAGUCUUUGGAAAUCGAUGGGCGAGGCGCUGUCGUUCGCCCAUGGGUUUGGAUUUCUGGUCUUUUUUUUGGACCUAUGAUAGGCACAAUCGUGAUGCAGCGGUACGUCUUCCUCUCAGGCUGGAUUCGUAUCCGCACGGAAGGUAUCUUUACCCAUUUGCUAUUCGAACAUGCUCUGCGAAUACGAAUGAAGGCUGAGACCGAUAAAUCUCCUGUGAAGCUUGAGGGGGCUUUGAAGGAUUCCACAGUCACAGUCAGCACCCCCAAUAACGCGUCACUUGAGGAAAGUAGCAGCGGGGACAGUAGAUCGGGGAGUGGUGACGAGACAGCUAACUCGAGUUUUGUCAAGGUCAAGUCCCAAAACAGCAAAGGAAAGCAGCAUACUGGGGACGAGAAUGCUGAAUUCAUCAAGGACGAUACCAUGGGAGCGGACAACCUUGUUGGGAAAAUCAAUAAUCUAGCCUCGGUAGACUUGAACAAUACUGCGGAUGGGUGUGAUUUCUUACUCUUGAUUUUGUAUCUGCCUCUGCAGAUCGUCUUGUGCGUCGUCUUCUUGUAUACCAUUCUUGGUUGGAGUGCUUUUGUCGGAUUGGCCUCAAUGGUCAUCCUCUUCCCCUUCCCAGGAUUCAUCUCCAAUUUGAUCAAACGGGCGCAGGAGGAAGGUAUCAAGCGGACCGAUGCACGUGUGCAAACUGUCACAGAAACCAUGAACGUCUUGCGCAUGGUCAAAGUAUUUGGCUGGGAACAUAAACUUAUCGAAAGGUUAGCGGAGAAACGAGACGAUGAACUCAACUUCGUCCAGCGUCGCCAGCUGCUGAACUUGUUGAACAACGUGUUGAAUGUCAUUAUUCCUGUUGUUACAAUGAUAGUCACUUAUGUUACAUAUACAAUCAUCAUGAAGCAGAUCUUGGCACCUUCAACUGUUUUCUCUUCAAUAUCUGCGAAGGUUUCCCUUGACCGGAUUACUGAAUUUCUCCACCAGGCCGAGCUUUUGGAUUCCUACGCUGAAGAUGCAGAGGGGAAGACAAAUAAAUCCCUCACCGAAGCACACUCGAAUCGGGAUGUUAUCGGAUUCCAGGAUGCUACAUUCACAUGGGCGAACGAUAGCUUAGACGACGGUGCUGUAACUCCGUCCAGACGGAAGUUCGUCCUGAACAUCGAAGGGGAGUUGCUUUUCAAGCGCGCUUGCAUAAAUGUCAUCAUCGGCCCAACUGGGUCAGGAAAAACAUCUUUGCUGAUGGCCUUGCUAGGCGAGAUGCACUUCGUGCCCUCUGGUCCUGGAUCAUGGUACAGUCUUCCUCGUGAAGGUGGUGUUGCGUACGCUGCCCAGGAGUCUUGGGUACAGAAUGAAACUAUCCGAGACAACAUCCUAUUUGGAGCACCGUACGACGCCGUUCGAUACAGCAAAGUGGUCUUCCAAUGUGGACUCGAGCGGGAUCUUACACUUUUCGAGGCCGGAGACCAGACCGAAGUCGGUGAAAAAGGACUGACGUUAAGUGGUGGUCAAAAGGCUCGAGUUACUCUCGCCCGAGCAAUAUACUCUUCUGCCGAAAUAAUUUUACUAGACGAUGUACUUGCAGCUCUGGACGUACACACUGCCCGCUGGAUCGUCGAUAAAUGCUUCAAGGGGGAUCUCAUCCGUGGACGAACAGUAUUACUGGUCACUCACAAUGUCGCAAUGGCGAGUCCUAUCGCGGAAUACGUGGUCUCCCUCGGUCUCGACGGUAAGGUAGCGAGCCGUGGGUCUGUAUUGGAUGCACUUGCACAUGACAAUGCGCUGUCGAAAGAGGUCUCCGAAGAAGUUGUCGCGAUCGAGAAAGCCGACACUGAAAUAGACUCCGAGGAGCCAGACAACGCGAACAAAAAGGCAGACGGAAAACUUACUGUUGCUGAAGAGAUCCAUGAAGGCCACGUCAGUUGGGAAGCUAUGGGCCUGUACUUCAAGAGUUUGGGUGGCUCGCACACCACCUUGUUCUGGAUCGUGUUCUUGGGCGGCAUAACUUUGUGCGAUCUGGCGAAUUCCAUUCAAACGUGGUUCUUGGGCUACUGGGCACAGCAAUACGAAAUAUACCCUCCAUCAGAAGUUCACGUCUCUUUCUACCUGUCCGUUUACUCUCUCCUCUUGUUGUUUGCUAUCGGCGUGUAUUCCAUCGGUAGUAGUGUAUACGUGUUUGGCGCCGUACGAGCAUCUAGAAUCAUUCAUCGAAGGCUCAUAGAGUCCGUGCUUAGAACAACCCUACGAUGGCUUGACAUGACACCCACAUCACGAGUCAUCACGCGUUGUACUCAGGACAUCGGUGCCAUCGAUGGACCAGUUGUGAACAAUCUCCUUCGGGUCAUUGAAAUUUCCGCCACAUUAUUGAUCAAGCUUGCUGCGGUCGUAGUAUUGACACCAGUAUUCGUCGUUCCUGGCAUCUUGGUGUCAUUGUUGGGCGGCUGGUGCGGUCAUAUCUACAUGAGAGCACAACUAUCUGUCAAACGAGAGAUGAGUAACGCAAAGGCUCCGGUGAUGGGGCAUUUCGGCGCUGCCAUAGCUGGUCUCACUUCGAUACGUGCCUACGGUGCUCAGGCUGCGUUCCGGCAGGAAUCUUAUCGACGCAUUGAUCGCUACACGAGAGCAGGCCGGACCUUCUACAAUCUCAACAGAUGGGUUUGUGUUCGGAUUGAUGCGCUCGGUGGCUUAUUCGCGGCAGCUCUCGGCGCGUGGUUGGUCUACGGACCCGGACAUAGCGAUAAUCUUCCUUCAGACACUGGAUUCUCCCUCACAAUGGCAGUGGGCUUUAGUGGUAUGAUUCUGUGGUGGGUACGUUGCUUGAACGAGUUUGAAGUCAGCGGCAACAGUUUGGAGCGGAUCCAAGCAUACAUUAACAUUGAACAAGAGCCGAAGGCAACGAAGGAUGGAGUUCCUCCAGCCUAUUGGCCGGCUAGCGGGGAUGUCAAAGUGGAAAAUCUGUCUGCUCGUUAUUCGCAAGAUGGGCCGAACGUUCUGCACGAUAUAUCAUUCCACAUUAAAUCAGGCGAACGUGUCGGUGUUGUCGGGAGAACCGGAAGCGGAAAGAGCUCACUGACCUUAUCACUUCUUCGUUGUCUCUUCACCGAUGGCGCCAUCUAUUAUGAUGGGCUUCGCACCGAUUCGGUCAAUCUUGACUCCCUGCGCACAAACAUCACGAUUAUCCCCCAAGUUCCUGAGCUUCUUAGUGGUACACUGAGGGAGAACCUGGAUCCGUUCUCCGAACAUGACGAUGCAACAUUGAAUGGAGCUUUGCGAGCUGCCGGGCUCUUUUCACUCCAGAGCGAUGACGACGAAGGUCGCAUUACCUUGGACACCAAAAUCUCGACGGGUGGGGGAAAUCUUUCGGUUGGUCAACGGCAGAUUCUCGCACUGGCAAGAGCCAUUGUGCGUGGGAGCAAGCUGCUAAUUCUCGACGAAGCUACCUCCGCAAUAGACUACGAGACAGAUUCGGUCAUUCAAUCUUCAUUGCGCCAUGAACUCAGAGGCGACGUAACGUUGAUCACGAUAGCACAUCGUCUGCAGACCAUUAUGGACGCAGACAAGAUUUUGGUCCUCGACGCAGGCCGCAUCGUUGAGUUUGACACACCGAGUGCGCUUCUCAAGAACGACAAGGGGAUAUUGCGGGCUCUGGUCAAUGAGAGUAGUGACAAAGAGACACUAUAUGUGAUGGCGAAAGGAGAGAGGGAAAUAGAGCCUCGUUAG